AUGUGCAGCGACGGUAUUCGGUCGCCAGAUUGUUCUGACUCAUCGCCUUUUUGUGAAAUCUUUCCCUGUACCGAUGUCUACCGAUGGAACGCGGUGGAUGUGGAAAAUGCCCACGGACUUCUGGAGCGUGGCCAGGUUAUCAACACGGUCCCCCGCGGUCUGCUCGUGGAUUUCGGCGUCCCCGGCCGACGCUCGCAGUUUGUCGAAUAUAAAAAGGCGCAGCACUAUCUGCGUUCUCAGGAGUCUUGCAUUCCUUUCUCCGCAGACUGGAAGGCAGAGCACAGCAGGGCGCCGAUAGGCAUUCAGGUCUUAUCGCGGACCGCUGCUGAUCGCCCGUGGACGUGGAACCCGGCGGUGCACCUGUUGCAUCGAGUCCUCUGGGACCAGUAUGCCUGUGUUGCAAUUCAUCUGGAUAAUGGCAUCAUACUCAAACUCGUUAGCAUCUUGGUCGUCCGUCUGGCGGAGCCGUUUGGUGGAGCGCGCGCUGUCUUGGAGGGAGAUUACGUUACACAGGCGUGCGCUCUCCCGUGGGAGUACCGGGCUGGGUGGCCGUUGGAGCCGGCGUUGUGGAGUCUGUGGGUGGAAGGGCUGAUGUCGGCGCCUGACUGCACCGCGUAUCCCGUCUGCGUAACGAACGGGAACCUGCUGUAUCUCCAGGAUCGCUGUAGGUCUGCGAAUUUGGCACCAGUAUCAGAGGAUGCCCUGAACCAACUGAACGGCAUGGCCAAAGCGGAAAUGGCGUGGCGUCUGCAGACUGGCUGGACCUAUACCGAUGGCCAGUGGACACGACCUAAAACUAAUUUCAGUAUUAGCGCUUCUUUGCGUGCUGCACCGGCACAGAUAUCCAGUCAGCUGGCCGCUGCACUCCCACCGGAACUCUGGCGGGAAAUUCUCUCCUGCUGCGCUACGAAUGAGCGGGCUUUUUACUGCCGCGUCAGUCCCUUGUGGGACGCAGUCAUUAAGCAGGAUGCCGUCCGUCGACGCCUGACGCUCACCUUCGGCAACGCCGGCACGGCUAACCGCUCCGUUGGUAUGUGCAUCAUCCAGUAUGUUACCACCUUAACGGAGGAAAUCGUCAUUAGCGACGCUAGACAGUCCUCUUCGCUGCCGGAACUCAGCGACUGCUUGCGCUUACUCAGCUUCGUUUACGAACAGCGUGGUAAUCGUCGGAAAAAGUUACAGGUGCUAAUCAACCGCUGUCGAUGGGACCUGGGUGAUCGCUUCCCGACGGAGAUGCAGCUAUUGGCUAGAACGUUAUCUGACGCAGCAUCCGCUAUGAACUGGAUCGGCUGGCGUAACUGCCGCUUCGGCGGUAUUGGCGGCGAAUAUUACGAGCUGACUGUGGCCAGUGAUUUCACCGCCGUGCGGAAUACGAUGAUGGAGAUGCAGACGAAUUUGUACGAACUACUGGAACGGAACUUGUGGUGGCUGGAGCAGUGGUUUCCACUGGAUGCUUUCGGGUUAGUGCAAUGGAUUGCGGGCGCAGCGUGGAGAAACGAAACGUCAGACAGCUUCGCCACCAUCAACGCGAUUUUGUUAACGUAUCAGUGCAGCGAUCCCCGUCCGACGAACCGCUACCGUGGAAAGUAUCUCUGGACGGUGGAGGAGCUGCGCGGUUUAGAUCUGACGACGGUGUCCUCACUAACGUUGUGGGUAGUCAACAUGACCAUGCUGUCGCGGCGGCAGUUGGAUCAGCAACCUAGUGUGCAGCGUGGCGUUUGGCGCCCCGAUGAACUGUAGAGCAGAAUCCAGUUGAUUGUAGUUUAGAAUAAUUUCAUUGCUUUAUGAGAGGAAGCUUGCUCGGCAGCGCGUGGAAACGCACAGAAACGUUAUGUGGCUGUAUGACAGUUUCUUCACCUGGGCAUAGAUGC